AUUCAAACUGUUUUGGUUGGUGACAAUUUGUUGUGAAAUUGUGCCUCCGAACACAGAUGUGUGAAUUUAAACGAAAAUUGUUUGAUAAAACUCACAAAUAUUGAGUGAAUUUUUGUGUAAAAACCACAAAAAGUGGUAUUUUAAGUGAUCUACUGCGAAAAAAAGCGGAUAAGCAUUCGAUAGCCAUGGGUUCAAUCAUGGAAUCAUCUCCGAAUGAGCAAAUGAGACCAUUCAAAUUAGUUCACCAAAUUGUUAGCUUGACUGGAAUCAGUUUUGAGCAGAAAAGCAUUAUCGGUUUUGUUGAGUUAACCAUCAUUCCAACGAAGAACAAGCUGAAAGCAAUCCAUUUGAAUGCAAAACAAUGCCGUGUUUAUCGGGUAGUUUUUAACGAUGACAUCGAAGUUCCGUACGAAUAUUUCGAUCCAUUCUUGAACAUUUGUCAAGAUGAUACCGAAACUCGGGCGCUGGAUGAUUUUUCAAAGUAUCACUUGGAAGCGGCUAAAAGUGUUGAUCCAGAUCAUUGUGCGGGUGAAUUGGUGCUUCUUAUACCACCAGAAGCUAGUGAAGCUGUGGCCGAUGGCAAAGAGUUGCGUAUUGGCAUUGAGUUUUCAUUAGAAAAUCCAGAUGGAGGCAUGCAUUUUGUGACCGUUGAAAAUGAUGAUCCGACCGCAGUCAAUUCAUCACAUUUGUACACCUAUGCACCGGAAAAUUCAAGUAGAUUAUGGUUCCCGUGCAUAGACAGCUACGCUGAGCCAUGCACAUGGAAACUUGAAUUCACUGUGGAUGAUAAUUUGACGGCAGUUUCAUGUGGUGAACUAACUGAUGUGGUCAUGACACCAGAUAUGCGACGAAAAACAUAUCAUUACACCAUUAAUGUACCGGUCUGUGCGCCAAAUAUAGCAUUGGCCGUUGGUCCAUUCGAAAUUUAUGUCGAUCCACACAUGCAUGAAGUGACUCACUUUUGCCUACCGCAAUUGUUGCCACUGUUAAAGAAUACCGUGCGCUAUAUGCACGAAGCAUUUGAAUUUUACGAAGAAAUCCUCUCAACACGAUACCCAUUCACAUGCUACAAGCAAGUGUUUGUCGAUGAAAUCGGUUCGAACGUUCGGGCUUAUUCAACGAUGAGCAUUUUAUCGACGCAUUUACUUCAUUCAAUCGCUAUCAUUGAUCAAACAUACGAAACACGAAAAACUCUGUCCAUUGCGAUUGCCGAGCAAUUUUUCGGAUGUUUCAUCACGAUGCAUCACUGGUCAGACACUUGGUUGGCCAAAGGUAUAGCCGAAUACAUGUGCGGAUUGUAUUCGAAAAAGUGUUUCGGUAACAAUGAAUACCGCGAAUGGAUUCAAGAGGAACUGGCCGAAGUGGUGAAAUACGAAGAACAAUACGGUGGAAUCAUUCUGGAUCCAUCCGUUCCACCGGCUCCAUUGCCGGUGUCAACCAACGCGCCUACAAGUAUCACAAAACAACCAGACGAACACUAUUUUCCCAUUAAAAAUAUGCACACAAUGUCACCCAAGUACAUUGAGGCGAUGCGCAAGAAAGCCCACAUUGUUAUUCGCAUGUUGGAGCAUCGAAUCGGUCAACAGCUCCUCAUUCAAGUGUUUAACAAGCAAUUGGCAUUGGCCACUAAUGCAGCCGGCCAAUCAUCUGCCAGCGGUCUUUGGCAUCACCUACUCAUUUCCACGAAUAUUUUCAUUAAAGCCAUUUUUACCGUCACCGGCAAAGAUAUGUCGGUGUUCAUGGACCAAUGGGUACGCACUGGUGGACACGCCAAAUUCUUAUUGACUUCGGUUUUCAAUGCGAAGAGGAAUACAAUCGAAUUGGAAAUUCGACAAGACUGUGUUAAUCAAAAAGGUGUGAGGAAAUACGUUGGACCACUUUUGAUUCAAUUGCAAGAAUUGGACGGCACAUUCAAGCACACAUUACAAAUCGAAAAUACGGUGGUUAAGGCCGAUAUCACGUGCCAUUCGAAAAGCAGAAGGAACAAAAAGAAGAAAAUUCCAUUGUGUACCGGAGAAGAAGUCGAUAUGGACUUAUCGCCAAUGGGUGAUUCUCCCGUGCUAUGGAUUCGACUCGAUCCGGAAAUGAUCAUUUUGCGUUCGGUUGUAAUAGAACAGCCGGAUUUUCAAUGGCAAUUCCAAUUGCGGCACGAGCGUGAUGUAACGGCUCAGUUUGCGGCCAUCGCUGCAUUGAAAAAAUAUCCAACCGCUGCUACUCGACUAGCACUCACCGAUACUAUUGAGAACAACAAUUGCUUUUACAAAGUCAGAUGCAAAGCGGCCCAUUGCUUGAAAGAUGUUGCAAAUGCAAUGGUAACGAGUUGGACGGGACCACCGGCGAUGCAGCAAAUAUUCCGAAAAUUUUUUGGUUCAUUCAGUGCACAGCACAUUAUUAAACAAAAUAAUUUCGCAAAUUUUCAAUUGUAUCACCUGCAAAAGACUAUUCCAGUGGCGAUGGCUGGACUGAGGACGGCUCAUGGCAUUUGUCCACUCGAUGUGAUGCGUUUUCUAUUAGAUCUCUUCAAGUAUAAUGACAACACACGAAAUCACUACUCGGAUAACUAUUAUCGAGCUGCAUUAAUCGAUGCACUGGGAGAGUCAAUCACACCAGUUGUAUCGAUGAUCGAACAAGGAUCCACAAUCACUGCGGAAAGUUUAUCUACCGAUGCAAAGCUCGUUCUUGAAGAAGUGACACGGCUGCUGAACUUGGAAAAACAUUUGCCAUCGUACAAAUACUGUGUUACAGUUUCCUGUUUGAAAGUUAUUCGAAAAUUGCAAAAAUGCGGGCAUUUACCAUCAACACCGAAAUUGUAUCGAUCGUAUGCUGCGUAUGGCCAGUACAUUGAUGUACGCGUAGCAGCCAUGGAAUGUCUGGUGGAUUUUGUAAAGGUCGAUGGCGAAUAUGAUGAUUUAAAGCACUUAUUGGAUCUUCUCAGCCACGAUCCCGAUCUAAUGGCCAAACACAAAUUGGCUCGAUUGCUAAUUGACAAUCCACCAUUUACAAAGCCCAACCGAAAUAAGAAACUCGUCGAACAAAUUUGGCGUAAUAUGAAUACUGUUACAUCAAAUAAUGCGCAAAUGAGGUGCAACUUCGUGGAUUUAUACUAUUCCAUGUUUGGAUCAAAGACUCCAAAUUGCCUGGCUAAAAAUGAAAUGCCAUUAUCGAUGGGUCUUCCAAGGAUUCCGAAAAUUCCAAAAAUAACCGAUGUCAGGCGUUCGGCCAGUCCAUUUGAGAAUACCAUAGUUACUCAACCGCCGGUAGUCGAUGAACCAGUCGCAGUCGAAGAUGGAGAAAUUGAACCGGUCAAUGGAUCAGCCGAAGAAAAAGAAGAACCAGCUGAUGAUAUCGUUGUAAAGACCGAAAAGAGGGAUGCAACUGAAAUGGAUGCGGACAAUCGACAGCCGGAUGCGAAGAGAGUUAAAACUGAAUUCUGUUCCGAUAAUUCAGUGUCGUUGCCAGGGAUUUUGCCGGGUAGCUCCGGUCCAGUUGGUUUUGAGCCGGGCAUGUUCAAAAAUGAUGAUGAAAGCAGCAGUCACAGCCGAAGUAAAUCGAAAGAUAAAGAGAAAGCAAGCGAUGGAACAUCUAAGAAGAAAAAGAAGAAGGACAAGAAGAAGCAUAAACAUAAGCACAAGCAUAAGCACAAGACAGAGACCAAGGAUAAGGAGAAAAAGGAGAAAGAAAAGAAAGACCCGAAUAUAUCACGACUUUUAGUCAAAGAAGAAACACCCGAAACGCUUAGCUCAGCCGAAACCUCUAGCAAUAGUAACCAAACGUUUCAAGAUUUAACUUCGACAAUGUAAAAUUAACUUCAGCAAUUUUGUUUAACUCAUCGAAACAAUACAAACAGAAUAAUUGUAAAAUAUAUGUUGUUUGCGUCAAUUGAACAGAACAUUUUGUUAGCGUAUUAAAUCAAUUAAGAAACAUUUUAAAUAAAUUAUAUUUGGAAUAAUAAAAAAUUACAACAGCAAA